AUGGAGAACAUAGAACUCGGCAGAGCAUCGAUCGAAAAAGAUGGAAUGUUAUCGAGCGACGUAGAGACCGAAGAAUCGACCGACACGGAGCUCCCGACAUCGAUCGACACCGCCCAGCCGGAAGCAGGUAAGUCUUUUCUUACCGAGCUUAUUAAUGAGGAAGUAGUCCAAACUGAACCAAUAGGUCAAUUAAGCAAUGAAACUAGCCAAACUAAACAGGGGACUGAAAUCCCUCUUAAGAUAAAUCCCACCUUGAUAAAAGGUGAAGAGAUGAGAUUGCCUAUGCAAGACUACCUAGACCCUGGUAGAACCUAUUCCAAUAGGUCCGCUAUUAAAAUACCAGGAGACGAUACCAAGAAAUCUAGAUUUAACGCAGAUUACUACUGUAUGGUUCGUCGAAACCCAUUUCGUGGAUCUCUCUCUGAGCACCCACAAGAUCACAUCGAAGGUUUGGAAGAAUUAAUCCCAGAUGAAUACAAUCGUUGCAAACUAUUCUCAUUUUCCCUAGAGGGAGAAGCUCUCAGAUGGCUAAACUGUUUAACAACAGGAUCCCUUACUUGUUGGGAAGAGAUUAGAAACGCCUUCCUUAAGAAAUUUUUUGAUGAUGAUCGCUAUUGGGAAGUAAGGAGACAAAUCUUUACAUUCCGCCAAGAUCCACGUGAAUCGUUUAAAAACGUCUGGGGAAGAUUCAGAGGCUAUGAACUUGAAUGUCCCCAUCAUGGUUAUUCAGAACCACAACUCCUUAACAUCUUCUAUGGAGGUGUUAACUUGAGUUACAAAACCACACUCGAUACUGCGAGUGAAGAAAAUUUCGUCACUAGGAGCCCCGAAGAUGCUAGACGCCUUAUCGAAAAUGUAGCAAUGGGAAAAUCCUAUGAAAAGAUGGAUGAAGAAAUAGGAAAUUCGAUAAGUUCAAAAGAUAAUUCAGAUUUGGAAGAGAUCAAAAAUUCCCUCAAUUCACUCCACUCUUUUCUUCAGAAUCAACACCGAUCUGAUAUAGCCCAGAUCGAAGAUGAUGCUUUGUCUGAUAUGGAAAAUCAAUUAGAAGAUGAGACAAACUAUUCAGACCCCUAUUCCGUGUUUAACAUUGAUAGUUUCACCCAAGCCUAUGACAUUGCUGUAAAAUCACGCACUGGAAAGGAAAAGUUCAAUAUCAGACAAGCAUUUACUGGCAACCGUAAAACAAAGUCAGAUUUUUACGGAAAAAUAAAUAUGGUUUACGGAAAGUUAAUGGAGAAAGCAGAUUCUUUGGGAGAACUUAUCCGAAAAUUAGAAAGUCAAGUAGCUGAAAUUACGACUACCAUCAAAAGAGAAACAGGACGUCUUCCCGGGGGUACUGAUUUAAACCCGAGACGUCAAGUCAGUGCUGUAAUGUUGCGUAGCGGAAAACGUCUCGCGACAAACACGAAGAGCAACACCGAAAUUGGAAAUUCUGCCAAUGCUGAUGAAACAGGCAAGAGCGAUUCUCAACCUAUACUUCUUGAUGACCCUGACCAAAAAUCUUCUCGCGAAAACGGGAAGUCUACCGCUGAGAUUAAUAAGGAAAAGACUAUAGACUUAGAAGUAGAAGACGAUUCGGAGAUUGAAGCCGAAAUCGAUCGACAGUAUGGCACACACGUCGAUCAACCAGUGGAUCCUGCCGUCGAUCAACUUCUGAAUAACCCUAUCGAUCGACGUCCCACUCGGUCCGAACCAACGAUUGAGAGAGUCUAUAGAACCCUACCCCCUUAUCCUCCUAAAUUGCAGACUAAGAAAUCAUUAGAAUAUGCGAUCUGCAAGAAAGCAUUGGAUAAAAUUACUGUGGAGAUGUCCCUUAGUGAUGCUAUGAAAAUAGCACCUUCAAUAAAGAAGUAUGUGAAGGAUAUGAUGUCUCCAAAUUAUCCAACUGCUGAACAUAGCGUGAUGAUGGUGUCAGAGGAAGUAAGCGCCAUGAUUCAAGGAGAAACUCCAGCUAAGAGACCUGAUCCUGGUAGUUUCGUCCUAGAUUGCAAUAUACAGAACACGCGUUUUCCUCGAUCACUAUGUGAUCUUGGCUCUAGUGUAAAUCUUAUGCCUUACUCCGUCGCAGUAACCUUGGGGUACAACGAGUUCAUGUCAACUCCGAUAACCCUGGUUCUAGCUGAUCGAUCUAUCAGGGUACCUGAAGGGAUUCUCGAAGACGUUCCCGUGAAAAUUAAUAAUUGCUUCGUGCCUACGGAUUUUGUUGUGUUAAAAUACAGACACGAACCAAAAGACCCCUCAUUCUGGGUCGGCCAUUCCUAG